AUGUCGGAUAACUUGGCGUCAGACGACAGUCUUUUAGCAGAUGAAUCAUCUGCCAGCAAUAGAACAAUUGGACUUGAAGAGGCAACUUUUCCUUUGCACACUCCAAUAAUUGAUGCCGAUGGUAAUUGUCACCAUUUUAUCAAGCAGCAAUCGUUACCUGAUUUUAAUCGUGGUGAAGUUCCGUCUUAUUUUGAUGAAGUCCGAGGGACACAAUCUGCUCAAUGGGGUGACACCUAG